GUAAAAUAAGAAGAAUCUACUCACAAACUGAUGAAGUCAAAUCCAUUCCCAGACACACAAACCGGCGUUCCAAUUUGAGAAACACUUUUUUAAGAGUAUAUUUUUCAGUUUGUUGAAUAACUUCAUUUGUUGUCUUUUGCAAUCUUGUCGUCACUCCAGUGAAGAUGGCCCUUCUGCUUCUCAUGCUGAGUUUAGGACUUUUUCAAAUAGCCGCAUCAAGCCAUCUCAGGUUAAUCUCUCCCUUUAAUGAAGAGAUGCACAGGGAUAAAGCACGUGAUAAAUGCGAAGAAGAGGGGGGAAAAUUACUAUCUCUGUAUGAUCAAGAGGAUGCUGAAUUCAUAAAGUGGAUCCUGGAAAAUGAGACACAAGACAAAAGCUUCUGGAUCGGUCUUAAAAAAACUAACAAGGCUCUCACUUGGUCAGAUGGUGCUAACUUCCCUCUCCUGAAUUUAGGGAGCGAACAUCAUUUUAACCAAGAAUGUGGAGCCAUUGAAAACCCAGACUGGAAAGCUUUUAACUGUUCAGAACCAAAAUAUUUCAUGUGCAACAACGGCACAGAUAACAUCCUAAUUACAGAGGAAAAAAACUGGUGCCAGGCCCAAUGGUACUGCAGAAAACACCACAGGGACUUAGUCAGCAUCAAUGGCAAAAUACCCCAGAAGGUGCUUGACACAGGAGGAACCAAAACUUUCUGGACUGGAUUCCAGCAGGAUUCCUGGCAAUGGGACGAUGGACAGUGUUCAACAUACAGAGACUGGAAUUCAACAAACGAACAGGAGACAUGUGCAGUUAUCUCGCAGUCAGGGAUGAAAACAUACGGAUGUCAGAGUCCUGCAGACGUGCUUUGCUCCAAAGGCAUUCUCAGAGUCGAACUUGUCCGUGAAAGGAAAACCUGGGAGGAAGCACUCCACUACUGCAAAGAAAAAUACACAGACAUGUUGUGGAUCGAGGAUGAGGACGAUCAGAAAGCCGUUGAAGACCAGGUGGAGUACAUCCUGAGCCGUGACAGAAUCGACGGUCCUUUGUGGAUCGCCACGCGGCAGAGCGCCGUCUUCGGGUUCUGGAUUUGGAGCGACAGGAUCGUUUCGUACAGCAGAUGGGUCAACGGCAUCAUGCCCGAGAUGCCCCUGUCGUACAAGUGUGGGGUCAUUAAUCCACACAGGAACUACAUGUGGAGCGAUGCAGAUUGUUCGAGAAAGCUACCAUUUCUCUGUGAAAAAGAGAUUCAUUCAUGGGAGAAAUGAAGACAAAAAAAAAUCAACUUCAUUUCGUUUGCAAGUGAAAUUCUUAAUCAUUGUUUCAGGACUUCUAAUGCAACAUAUUGGAAUGUCCACAUUUUUUCACAUAUAGUUGUUUAUAUUUCAUACUGCAAGUGUACUCAUGUCAAUUUAACUACUUCACUAUGCUCUGUCAAUUAAUACCAUUUCUUUUAAACCUAAAAAAGUUAUAUCCAGUUGUGGUUGUGUUUAUUUUCAGAUUAUGAUUGACUUGUAUCCUUUAAGAUCAAUAAAGAUUUCCAAUAA